GUUUGUGACAUUUUCUCAUCGCCAACUUGUCAUGGAAGAAGAGGAAGCGGAACUCAGAAAUCCCUUCCCCUCUCCGCCUUCCCACUAUUAUAAUUAUUCUAAUCACAAUCUUAAUCUCCUUGCUAUCUUCAAAGAACGCGCCGAAGAUCCGUACACCGCCAGCCAACACCAAGUCCUUAGCGACCAGCCCGAUGUUCCCGAAUGGCCUCUCAUCCAGCUCGAGAAACCACGCGUAGAUUGGAUCCUAGAAGACGAAGAGCCCUAUUACGAUGUAUUUGGAGAUAGGUGGUAUGUCAAGGAUAGAAUUCCCUCUCUUGCAGAACUCGGUGGGACCCAGCUUUACCCUGCGGACCCAAGCAUCGACCGGCGACCCGCACUCCAAUCAGUGUUACGAUCCAUGCUCGUAACAUAUUCCUCUCUGACGUCGUCACUUCUGGCACCCCCUCCAACAACCUCUGCCACCACUCCACCUGCUUGGAGGCAACACGUUGAAUGGCUCACUGUUUUAGCGCAAAAUCUCAUGGCAGCUGCUAAUGACCUUCGGCCCGUUCAGGCCCGAGUCCAUCUCGAACUCAUGAUGAAGAGACAGUUAGAGUUGCGACGCGAAGAAACUAACGUUCUUAAUAGAAAAUGCGACGAGUUGGAAAUUAAACUCGCCGAGCUGCGUACUUCUCUCAAUGAUCUCAAGCAGGCCGACAAGUCCUUAGACGUCAAACCUCUUGACGAUGUUCCCCCAGAACCGACAUUAACCGCCGAAGAUGUGUAUCGAUGGGCAGAGGAAGUACGAUAAUCUUCGAAUUGGAAUGUGUACUAUUGGCUGUAUUUUACUGACAUAAUGUUGAAUCACGUGCCCAACGAUGAACGAAUUUUGAACGUGAACAGCUGUUUUUCCUCCCUGCGAGAUACGUACACCUCACCCGCCGGAGUGACGACUUCGACCUCGUCGCGAAUCGAAGAAAUGGGCCUAGAUGGCCUGAUUCUGGCCCUUUCGAGGGCUUUCUUGAUGUCGUCCUCCAUCUUGUUCUCGAACGGAGACCAGCCAAAGUAGCGCAUCACUCGAUCGCCUCUCUUUUCCACUUUUGUGAAAUUCAGACGUCGGAAGGAGGGGAGGGAUAUCAGCCGGGCGAUUAGCGAUGUCUACUCCAUUUGUGAUUUGAGUAAGUAUUACCACUGGUUUGAGACAAAGACUAACUUCUCAAAUCCGUCGAAGAUGUCCACGUUUUGCAGCCCGAUGGUCCAUGGCCCUUCGUAAACAGACCCAACAUGAACUUCCUGGAGGGAUUCACGAUGAUUAUGAAGGGUUCUGCGGUAGAAAAUAUCGACUCGCUGGUUGUCAUCCGAAAGUCCGUUAUAAGGGGCAGAGAGCUUCUCCAAUCCAGAAAACGAGUCAAGGAAAACUUUCCAUACACCAGGAUAAUCUGCGAAAUGGCCGCAAAGCUCCAAUGAAGAAAGGGUCCGUAUAUGAGCCAGUAAAUCGGGAUCCGAAAAAUCGGCAAACCACCCAUGUAAAUGGAGGGUUUUCAGGGGAAGCAACUGGUGCUUAGUGCUACGGAAAAGGUCGCCGAGCGCGACAUUACGC